AUGGGCGUCUCUCAGUUCUUCUCCAAGGUCUGCGGUGCCUGCUGCGCCGGACGCUCCAAGGACAGCCUCUACGACCCCGUGCUGGCCGACAGCGAGCGUGAAGCCGUGGCCGACCUGCUGGGCUUCCUCGAGAACCGCGCCGAGACCGACUUCUUCUCCGGCGAGCCCCUGCGCGCAUUGAGCACCCUCGUGUAUUCAGACAACAUCGACUUGCAGCGCUCCGCCAGCUUGACCUUUGCCGAGAUCACAGAGAGAGAUGUCCGCGAAGUCGACCGCGACACGCUGGAGCCCAUCCUCUUCCUGCUGCAGAACCCAGACCUCGAGGUCCAGCGUGCUGCCAGCGCCGCCCUGGGCAAUCUGGCGGUGAACACCGAAAACAAGGUCGCCAUCGUCGCCCUCGGUGGCCUCGCGCCCCUCAUCAAGCAGAUGAACUCGCCCAACGUCGAGGUCCAGUGCAAUGCCGUCGGCUGCAUCACCAACCUGGCCACCCACGAGGACAACAAGGCCAAGAUUGCACGCUCCGGCGCCCUGCAGCCCCUCACGCGUCUGGCAAAGUCCCGCGACAUGCGCGUGCAGCGAAAUGCCACGGGCGCCCUGCUCAACAUGACACACUCAGACGACAACCGCCAACAGCUUGUCAAUGCCGGCGCAAUCCCCGUCCUCGUCCAGCUUCUCUCCUCCACCGACGUCGACGUCCAGUACUACUGCACAACCGCACUCAGCAACAUCGCCGUCGAUGCCAGCAACCGCGCCAAACUCGCCCAGACCGAAGGCCGACUGGUCCAGUCGCUCGUGCACCUGAUGGAGUCGUCGUCGCCCAAGGUGCAGUGUCAAGCCGCUCUCGCCCUGCGCAACCUGGCCUCGGACGAACGCUACCAGCUCGACAUUGUACGCGCCCGCGGUCUGCCCUCUCUCCUCCGCCUCCUGCAAUCCUCCUACCUCCCACUUAUCCUCUCCGCCGUUGCCUGCAUACGAAACAUCUCCAUCCACCCCGCAAACGAGUCGCCCAUCAUCGAAGCCGGCUUCCUUCGUCCUCUGGUCGACCUUCUGGGCUCCACGGAGAACGACGAGAUCCAAUGCCACGCCAUCUCCACCCUGCGUAACCUGGCCGCAAGCUCGGACAAGAACAAGCAGCUGGUCUUGGAGGCUGGCGCCGUGCAGAAGUGCAAGCAGUUGGUCCUGAACGUACGACUGCCCGUGCAGUCGGAGAUGACCGCCGCGAUUGCUGUCCUUGCUCUGAGCGAGGAGCUGAAGCCCCACCUACUCAACCUCGGAGUGUUCGAUGUCCUCAUCCCCCUCACCGAGUCUGACAGCAUCGAGGUCCAGGGCAACAGUGCCGCUGCACUCGGCAACCUGUCUUCCAAGGUGGGUGACUACACCAUCUUCAUUCAAAACUGGACGGAGCCCGCGGGCGGCAUUCAUGGCUACCUUCGCCGCUUCCUCGCCAGCGGCGACCCUACAUUUCAGCACAUUGCCAUCUGGACGCUGCUGCAGCUUCUAGAGUCUGAGGAUGCCCGACUAUCGGAGCGCAUCGCCAAGUCAGACGAGAUCAUCCACAUGGUCACUGAGAUCGCCGAGCGCAACAUCGAGUCAGACGACGAAGACAACGAAGACGGCGAAGCUGAAGUCGUCACAUUAGCCCGCAGGUGUCUCGAGCUGUUGGGCAACAAUGCAAAGGCGCUCGUCGAGGGUUAA